UCUUCAAUAAAACUUCCCCGUAUAUCCCUAGAGCUUCUAGGGUUUAUCUUCUUCUCCUCUUCCUCUUUGCAGUGGAAAGAUAAAAAAUUUCAGUGGAAACAAAUCUUCACGCUCAUUUUUCACUCUUGUUUCAGAUAUUACUUGUCUGAGAUGAUUUUUUUCUUAUACGUUCGAGGUUAUUUUCUUCCUUAGGAACUCAUGGCGUCAAUUCAGUUUACUGGUUCUUCUAUUUCAACCCGUAGAUUUCCUUCUUUUCAAGGACUUAGUCCAUCCAGGACUAGUGGUGUUUCUUUAGUCGGGAUUUCCAGUAUUGGACUUAAUCAGAGGUCCUUCCGGGGGCUCGUGGUAAGAGCUGCCACCGUCGUUGCGCCAAAGUACACUUCCAUUAAACCCUUGGGCGAUAGAGUGCUGGCGAAGAUAAAAACUGCAGAGGAGAAGACUGUAGGUGGUAUUCUUCUCCCUUCAACAGCCCAGACAAAACCACAAGGAGGUGAAGUAGUAGAAGUUGGGGAGGGCAGGACAAUUGGGCUUAACAAAGUGGAAAUUAGUGUCAAGACUGGUACUCAGAUCGUGUACUCCAAGUAUGCGGGGACAGAGCUUGAGUUCAAUGGAUCAAACCAUCUUUUAUUGAAGGAGGAUGAUAUUGUAGGUAUCCUCGAGUCUGAUGACAUCAAGGAUCUCAAGCCUCUAAAUGACCGGGUAUUAAUCAAGGUUGCUGAAGCCGAGGAAAAGACUGCCGGUGGCUUGCUGCUAACAGAGGCAGCCAAGGAGAAACCUUCCAUUGGCACGGUAAUUGCCGUUGGACCAGGGCCUCUGGACGAACAGGGUAACAGGAAGCCGUUGACUGUUACCCCCGGAAAUACAGUUUUGUACUCAAAGUAUGCAGGGAACGACUUCAAGGGCAGCGAUGGAUCUGACUAUAUUGCUCUAAGAGCAUCUGAUAUCAUGGCUGUACUCUCUUAGUACUAAUGUAUUUGCACUCGUUAUUUUCAGCCUAGAUUUUCUGGUGAGUUGUUCUGAGGCAGUAGUGUUCAAGUGCAAUCGACCACACUUCUGCUUUAUCAAACAAUAUUCAUGUCGGCUUUUUGGUUGUAGUUUAAAUGUUUAAUUCCAAUUGCAGUCCCACAUGUGUAAUGUGUAGUGUGUGUGUGUGUUUUGGGUACAAGUGGUUGUAGUUUAUAUGCCGAUAUGCAGCUUUCAUUUUAAUUCA